UGAAGCACGCAGCUCUUGCCAGCCUUUAUACGUUAGUCUUCUUGUUGAUAGUACAGUGCAACAGCGCUGGAGUGUUUGCCUCACACUUUCCCAGGUCAUACUAGUUAAAGACUGAAGAUACCGAGGCCGAUCAGGCCAUCUAAGCUCUAUCACAUUGGGCUGCAACUUUUGCCGACAUGCACCAUCGGAGCCUACUGGGUGCUGGGAGAGUGGGAUUAUUGAGAUUAUGAGUCAUUGACUGUUACCUGCAAUCGCUUUACCUGCUCCCUUCCGCCUAGAAAGUGUGUUGACGAACAAAACUUAAAAGGAAGAAAGGUUCAUAGUGGGUCAAGAUUUCGUCUGCCAAGAAUAGGCUAUACACAUCAAGCGCAUAAAACAUAUCAAUCGAAUAGGACGGAUCGAAUACUCGACCGCCAAUUCCUGCGAACGUCAGUUGCAUAUAUGGCGCAGAUGGACGCGUACCGCGUGGAGCUGACAUCGCCCGCUUAUUCCGAAGAUACCGGUGAGCAGAAAGCUGAUGAGAUCAUCUACUCUCUGGACGCUUGACAACCCCCGAUGUACAUAUAUUCAGCAUCUAUCAUCACGCUUGGGUAGGUGUUUCAUUGUAAAUAUGGUCAGACUUGGUUGGCGUUAGCAGCUUGUAAUCCACCAUGUUAGCCCCUACACUUUUUUCCCUCGGCCUCCUCGCGAGUAGAACCCUCUCAUCGCCGGUCAAUAAGACGGACAGUCACCCCACAGUGACUAUUGAUGCGGGUGUAGUCGCCGGAACUACGACAUCCAUUUCAUCCUCCACUGUUACUGUGAACCAAUUCCUUGGUAUUCCCUUUGGUGCCCCUCCCGUGCGCUUCAGUCCCCCACAGCCUCCUGCGCCGUGGUCUUCGGUCUACGAUGCAUCACAGUAUAGAGCCGACUGUAUUCAGCAGUUCAAAUUUCCAGAGGCCUCACGGAACCGAACAAUUGCAGCAUUCGACACGCCUCCGCCUCGGGGCGGCGAGGAAAGUGAAGACUGUCUCCACCUGAAUAUCUUCGCCCCCCAGCAAGCACCAGAGGGCUCUAAGGCUGUCCUCUUCUGGAUCUACGGUGGUGGUUUUGCGAUAGGAGCGAGUUCCCUGCCUAUUUAUGAUGGCACCAGCCUUGCGGCGAACCAGGACGUGGUGGUAGUCACCAGCAACUAUCGCACCAAUGUCUUUGGUUUUCCGGGCUCUCCUGAUCUACCUUUAUCAGAGUGGAAUCUCGGCUUACUCGACCAACGUCUUGCCCUAGACUGGGUCCAGCGAAACAUUGCUGCUUUUGGCGGAGACCCAAACAAAGUCACCAUUGUAGGCGAAAGCGCAGGGUCCAUGAGCGUGGACGCUCUCAUUACAACUCCUCCAGACCCUGUUCCGUUCCGCGCUGCUAUCAUGGAAUCCGGUACGACAACGCUACUGGCUGCCAUGGCCGGGAAUGAUUGGAAAGCCCUGGUGAAUGCUACCAACUGCCAGAAUACGAAUGAGCUUGAAUGCGUUCGCGCCAUCCCCGCAAAGCGACUUAACGAGAUCGCCGAACGGAAAAUGCUCACCUUCGCCCCAAUUCCCGAUGGAAUCACCUGGCCAAAGAACGCACAUCAGAACCGUCUGAACUCUACAGAUGACCCGUCUCAGGUCGCCCGUGUGCCUGUACUGAUCGGGAGCAAUGCUGACGAAGGCCAAACAGUUGUCGUUGGACAGAAUGCGACCGAAGCCCGCGCCUUUCUCGGUGGAGUCCUGGGCAAUAACACGGCACUACUUCACGCUAUCCUGAAGGAAUACCCGCUGGGCACUCCGGGGGUUAAGACUGAGCGCGACCGUAUAGCGAAGAUUCUUACUGAAUUUGGGUUUCAGUGCCCAGCGCAGCGCGUCGCUAAUGACAGCGCGUCUGCAGGCAUUGAUGCUUGGCUUUACUACUUUAAUGCCACUUUUCCGAACACCGAUCCACUAGCUGGUAGCGGGGCCUUUCACUCGGCGGAGGUUGAUCUGGUCUUCGGCACAUACGACGAGAAGGGGGCCACGAAGCUUCAGAAGGAACUGAGCCAGCUGAUGCAGAAAACGUGGGCUGACUUCGCGAGAAAUCCGUCUGCUGGGCCCGGCUGGGAGGCUGUCCCUCAGGUUGGAAUCUUUGGUGAUGGGCCCAAGACUGAUGGAGAUGGUCUGACCCAGGGAUUGUUUCAAACUGUUGAUGCUAAAGAGCUGGAUCAGAGGUGCCAGCUGUAUCGGGCAUUGCAUGAUGCUAUGGACUCUGGUAAGCAUUAGAGGUCUGCAUAUUCGAUCCAUAUGUUAGAAUUUAAGGGCUUCUGUGGGGCCGGAGGUAUACCGUAUACAGUCUGGCUACAUGAUGUUGGAAGUGGGCCAGUGGUCUACACAGCAUAUGUUGUAAAUAUUGUUUUGCCCUGCCGCCCUUCAAAAACAUAGUACGAUGCGAUAUGGAUGGAUCGACCCACUCACUUUGUAAAAAAAUAAGAUUCAUGGCGAGAGACUUGCUGUCCCCGGUGUUUCCGGC